UGGGCGCGGGCGGGCGGCAGUAAGUGGGUCAGAAGGGGCGCGCAGCCGCGGCAUUGCGUUCCCAGCCUCCGACCAUGGCGGACGUGCCGCCCGAAGUGCUCGAGCUCAACGUAGGCGGCGUGCACUAUGCCACUACACGUGAAACGCUGUUGCGCGAACCGGACUCGCUGCCGGCGGCCGCGUUGCAAGAUCCCGACCAUCCUCGCGACGCCCGCGGCCGCAUUUUCUUCGAUCGUGACGGUGUUCUCUUCCGCUACGUGCUAGACUACCUCCGUGACGGCGGCCUCGUGCUGCCUGAAUGUUUCCGCGAACACAAGCGGCUCGCGCGGGAAGCGAAGCACUACCGCCUGGCCGGCCUGGAGAAUGCCGUCAGAGAUGCCGACCCGCGGCCCCCGAACCGGGAACGCGGCUGCAUCACAGUGGGAUAUCGCGGCAGCUUCGCCUUCGGCCGAGACGGACUCGCCGAUGUCAAGUUCAGGAAGCUGUCUCGUAUUUUGGUAUGUGGUAAAGUAACACUGUGUCGGGACGUAUUCGGAGAAACAUUGAACGAAUCGCGGGAUCCUGACCAUGGAUUGGCAGACAGGUACACGUCGCGUUUCUUCCUGAAGCAUUCCUUUAUAGAGCAGGCGUUCGACAUGCUCCAAGAGCAAGGGUUCAAGUUGACGGCGAGCUGUGGCAGCGGAACUGCCGGUGGAGCCGCUGAACUCAAGCCAGGUGUCGAUUCAGAGGAAAAUCGUUGGAACCACUACAACGAAUUUGUUUUUGUACGCGAAUAAUCAUCCCAUGUAAUAGAUAUCAGCUGAUUAUUAAAUCGUUAACCCAUAAACCGCAAUUCGCGGUUUAAAUUCAAAUUAGUUACAUGUAUGUUUAGAUGUUUAUUAACAUUAUUAAAUUAAAAUGCAUUGUAUAGGAUCACUUUCAUAAUUUUUGGGACUGCAAUACAUACAUAUUAAAAAUGUAUUAGAAGAGUAGGUAGUCUCUAUAAAAGCAGAUUUAUAGAUCUAAAAAUUAUAUUUAUUAUAAAAAAUGUUUAAUUAGAUAUAGAAUGUAGAUAAAAAAGAACCUUAAAUGUAUUCAUAUAUCAAAUAGGUGUAAAACAUAGUUAAAAUAUAGGUAUUUAAAUGUAUAAAAUUAAUAUAAAAAUGUUUGUAGUUGUAAACCUUUUCAUAGUUUUAUGCAUUGUUUAGGAAAUACGAGCACAUUGAUAAAUAAAUAGGCCUUAAUAAAAUCUUGGUCUGGAAAAAGGAAUUUUUUGAAGAGUAAAAAGGAAUUAAUGAGGAGGGGUACGGGAAUUGAGCCUCCGGUGCUCCGACUCAAACGAUAGCUAGACAUACGCAAGAUCUAAUCUAAAAUGUUGCUGUACUCUAUACUAUAAUUAUAAAAAUUCUUUAACUUUUAUAUCCUACUUCUUUAUAUAUGUAUAAAUUAUAUUUUUCGAUUAAAUUGUAUCUAUUUGCCAAACGUUAUAUGUAUCAUGUACGGUUUUAAACAGUAAUUGAUAGAAAAUACAUACAUAUUAUAUUGACCUGUGUUGUGAUAUUAUCUCCUUUAACUUGUGUAAUCAAUUGUAUAAUAAUAGGUCAUAUCGGAUUUCAAUAGUAUACUUACAAAAAAUGUAAAUUUGAGCGCGACACACGUACCUUAUUAAAAUAGUCAAAGAAAAUCGUAAUAAAUUAAAUAAUAUAGAGCAUUAGUUUAAAAUAAUAGAAACAAUUUAUUACAUAGAAAAAUGAGUGGUUAUGGAUUAAUAAAUAAUUCUUUAAUAAUAAAAAUCAAAUUGUUAACAAGAUAUUAGUUAUGUACGUAUUAUAGCGAAUAUUUACCAGUUAGUGUUUUGUCUUUCACGCGGACUCAUUGGAAAGUUAGAAACAUGAAAAAUAUAGGUACGGAGCUCAUUCAUGAAACACUUUUGCCGGUACCCUAAAUUUUUUUUUAAAUUCUCCAAGUGUGGUUUUUUCACUUUUCUUCCGUUGUUUUGUGAAAUAUGUACCUAACGGAGAUAACAUAGCUAAAAUGAAAAUCUUUGGAUAUAACAACAAAAAUAUUUAUACAGUUCCUAUUUUCCUUUAACUACAUAACUAGGUAGGUAGUUUAUUUUACAGAAUGUAUUAUUUUUCGAAUCCCUAAGCAUUGAGUUAAUAUGUACUACGUACGUACAUAUUAACUCAAUGUCCCUAAGUUAUUUUCUUAUUCUAUUACAAUAUAUAUUUUUAUUAUGGUACACCUACUAAUAGCUGUAAAUACUAUCUAUAUACCUACAUUAUACCUACCUAAUAUGUACACAGUAUACUGUGCAGUAUACAUACGCCUAGUACCUAUAUGAAAACUGUUUUUUUCAUCUAUUAUUUUCAUCAAUAAUAAAGAAUUGUAGAGUGCAUAUCUAUAUUUUUGUUGUGUUAAUUAAAAAGUUCGAUAUAGAUCUAUUUUGGCUUGAUUAUAUGUUCUGUCUGUGAUAUGUACUGAAAUAUCUAAAAGUAUCGAUUAUUUUGGUGAAUUUUAGCCUGAAUAAGCUUUCGUGAGACCUUUGAGAUUUCGUAAUAUCUAGGUUGUAACUAAGGGCACGCAACACCUACAAAGUUAUGUUUAUUUUUUUAAGUUAUAAAUGUUUUGUAACUAUAUGUAUGGAAUAUAUUGUAUGUAGCCAAACACAGAUAAAAGUAAGAUAUUUUUUCAAAUUGUACUUCUUUUCUACUAGAUUUAUUUGUAAGUAUUUAUCAUAAAUACCUUUUGGAAUGUUUUAUUUAGUAUCUAAAUUUAUUUGUAUAAUUGUAAAACUAGUGCCUCUUCUGAUUGUUGCCAAUAAUUCACUAUAAAUGUACCUAAUUAGUGAAAGGAAUUACAUAUUACAUAAUAUAUAUAUAUUUAAUUGUAUUAUUGUUAUAUUAAUUGUUAGUUAACACAGUUAUGAUGUAUGAUUAGACAAAUUCCUAAAAUAGUAUUGUGAUUAAAGGUAGUUAAAUAAAUGAA